GUGGUUGGGGAUGAGCAUCCAAAAAAACUCUCCCCGUCCCGCCGCCAUCAUGUCCUGCAAGGCUCUGGCCCUCUGCCUCCUGGGGCUCCUGGCUCUCUCCUCCGCUUGCUACAUCCAGAACUGCCCCAUCGGGGGCAAACGCGCCGUCACGGACAUGGAAAUCAGGAAGUGCCUGCCCUGCGGCCCCCGGAACAAGGGCCACUGCUUCGGGCCCAACAUCUGCUGCGGGGAGGAGCUGGGCUGUUACAUCGGCACCUCCGAGACCCUGCGCUGCCAGGAGGAAAACUUCCUGCCCGCCCCCUGCGAGUCGGGACACAAACCCUGCGGCACCGGCGGGAGCUGCGCCGCCCCCGGCAUCUGCUGCAGCACCGAGGGUUGUGGGACUGACUCAUCCUGUGACCAAGAGCUGCUGUUCGUGUAGCCCACCCAGGACAGAACCCACAGGAUCCCAAAUCUCCAUCCCGCUAUCCCAGCCUGGCCUCGGGCUGGGAAUAGACGAGCUGAGGGCUGUGACUCAGCCUGGAGUGAUGAGCUUAAAUAGAAAUAAAACUUGUACAGAA